AUGAGCGGGAGAGAUCAAGCUGUUCAACACGCCAAAAAGCAAGUUGAACAACUACGUGGAGAAAGAAAUAUGCGACGAACACCAAUUUCACAAACAGCAGCUGAUCUCGUUAGAUAUACGCAAGAGUUGAGUACAGAUGACGCACUCAUAACAGGAUUUCCCAAUGAUAAGAUGAACCCAUAUCGCCCAAAAAGUUCUUUCCAAUGCAAUUUGAUCUAA